AUGUCCCCCCCCGACUCCUGGCCGCCACCAGACGAACCCGAACUCGUCAAACUCGUGCGCGAGCGGUACGUCGAGGUCCGCGAACUCCUCUGCCGAGCCUACUUGUACAUGUGUCUUCACGGUGGCACGCGCCUGACACGAUCCCAAGCCGAAGCAUACGGCGCCCGCGCCUCUGCCGGCCUACGACUGAGUGUCUACCGGAUUCAAACCGAGAAUCCGUUCUUCCGUCACCCGGGUUCCUGGGGUGCAUGCCGCGUGCGCUUCAAUCAGGCGCUGUGCCUAAUUGCGGCGGCCCGCGGAAAGGACCUUGGCGCGGAGUCGGCGGCGUACGUCGUGGUGCCGUCGACGUGGCGGGAGUGCGUGAGCAUGGUUCAAGAUCGGCUAGAGACGUGGAGUGACCAGGGCGGAGGCAUUGCAGAGCUGGGUAUGUUAUUGGAUUGGCUGGUGAAAUAG